AUGAUCAUGUACGGAGGGGAAAUAGAGAAAGCAGGUGGAUCGGCCAAUCACAUGUCAAAUGGAGGAGGAGUGGUACUGAAGAAAGGGCCAUGGACGGCGGCAGAAGAUGAGAUACUUUCUGUGUACGUUAGAGAGAACGGUGAAGGAAACUGGAACGCCGUUCAGAAAAACACAGGCUUGGUUCGUUGCGGCAAAAGUUGUCGUCUCCGUUGGGCCAAUCACCUUCGACCUAAUCUCAGAAAAGGUUCUUUCACAGGAGACGAAGAACGUCUCAUCAUCCAACUUCAUGCUCAGCUCGGUAACAAAUGGGCUCGCAUGGCCGCUCAGUUACCGGGAAGAACAGAUAAUGAGAUCAAGAACUAUUGGAACACGAGGUUGAAACGCCUUCAACGCCAAGGACUUCCUCUUUAUCCUCCAGAUAUCAUCCCUAACCACCAACUCCAUCCACACCCACAUCAUCAUCAACAAAAUCAUCAUCAUCAGCAACAUCAACAUCAACAAAUGUAUUUUCAACAACAAUCUUCACAACCAAACACACCAUCAUCUUCUCCUCUUCCAUCUCCAACGCCAAUAAACGCAAACCCCUCAUCAUCUUUCACUUUCCACAGCACAAACGCAUCAACCGCUUAUCUCCUCCAUCCUCUAAGCCCUCACACUCCAACCACACCGCAAACUCCUUCUCAACUCUCUUCCACACCACCUCCACCGCCUCUUUCGUCUCCUUUAUCUUCCCCACGAAACAACCAAUAUCCAACUCUUCCUCUUUUCACCUUCCCGAGCUCCCAAAUCAACAACAAUAACAAUAAUACCAAUUUCACUUUCCCUAGGCCCCCACCUCUCCUCCAACCGCCUUCAUCGCUCCUUGCCAAACGCUACAACAAUUCUAAUACUCCUCUCAAUUGCAUCAACCGCGUUUCGACCGCACCAUUUUCACCUGUUUCUAGAGACUCUUACACUUCCUUUCUAACAUUACCUUACUCUUCCCCUACCGCUCAAACUGCUACUUACCAUAACACUAACAACAAUUACUCUUCAUUUUCUUUAAACCCUUCACCUUCUUCUUACCCUACAACAACUUCUUCCCCAAGCUUUCUUCACUCUCAGUACACUCCAAAUUAUUCUUCCACAUCCUUUCACAACAACCCGGUUUACUCCAUGAAACAAGAGUUCCCUUCAAACCAAAUCCCCCAGAUAGGUGUCUUUAACAAUGUCAACAACUUCACAGACAAUGAAAAACAGAACAAUACCAAUCUUCACAGAAGAAGUAUUAGCUGCAGCCUCUUGGAGGAUGUCCUUGUAGAGGCCGAGGCUCUAGCCGGUGGAGACGGAGACCGACCUUCGAAACGGAGACAACUCACUGCUUCUCCUCCUAACCACCACAACAACAAUAACAACGAUAAUGAUAAUUUCUUCUCCGUUAGUUUCGAACAAUAUGAUUCUUCUGAAAACAUAUGUUCCUUACAAGAUUUGAAACCGAAGGAAGAAGAAUCCCUUCAAAUGAACACAAUGCAAGAUGACAUAGCUAAACUUCUUGACUGGGGAAGUGAUAGUGGAGAGAUCUCUAAUGGACAAUCAUCUGUUCUCACUGACGACAAUCUUGUUCUUGAUGUUCAUCAACUGAAUUCACUAUUCCCGGCUGACUCCACGGCCGCUGAAACAAGGACCAAUGAUGAACAGAACAAUAAUGAUAAAAUUAACUGUUCAUGGGACAAUUUGCAUGGAGUCAGCUAG